AUGGCUGCUAUUUGUAGCUUGCACUACCUCUUAUUGGAUGAUGAUCAGACAAAAUACUUGAAAAAUUUAAAGGAAUCAGAUGUUAGAAUAAAAGUACUUCGUCAGAUGCAUAUCGCUUGGCAGAAUGAAAUGGCCGCUCCAUGUCUCUUACCUCAUCGCUAUGACAUUAUAGAAUGUCUGGUAGAUCAAAUAGAAGGAAUGGAGGAGAACUUGGCAGGUCGUACAGAAAAGGCAAGUAUUCGAAUCUCCGCUCAUCGACUUGAACUGCACCGUCUUACGUAUAUGACUAAUGAUUAUAUGAGGCAUCGUUUGCAAAAAAUCGAGAAAAAUCCGAGACGAGCGCUGAGAGAGCAUCAAGAGCGAAUUGUCGAAGGGAAACCUGUGUUAUUAUCGGAUCAAGAGAAGAGGUUUGCUGAGCGUUAUGCCAAAGCCGAAGCUCAGUUAAUGGGAAAAACUUGCUUGGGUCGAUUGCAGCCUUCAUUUCAAAAAAUCCCUGUACCUGUUGAGGAUUUGGAGUGCGAAAGGGUUUACGCCGAAGUUGUGGCGGACAACGCAGAGGCUGCCAUAGUCCCCGAUUACCAGGACAAAAGCGCUGAGGUUGUAGUUGAAUUGGAGAAAGGUACAGUGCAUUUACUGCCAUAUCUGUCGGUACAGCAGCAUGUGGAACAAGGCAGUGUACGACUUCUGUAG